CUCAUCAUUACGGAUCGACAUAUCGAUCUGUGAACAGUGGAAAAUUGCACUAUCGCUCGACUAAGGCGAUGUCCUUAGUAAGGGCCAGUGGAAUUUAGUAAUCUCGCCGGAUCCUUCCAAACGAAAUCAAACCGCGCCGUGACAAAGGAUCAAUCACGGAGCCCUACGGGUAUAAAACUGGAGGGUUUUCGGACAGCAGGACAAUUUCAAAUCGUGCGUUUAGUGAGUACUUGUCUCUCGACAAACUGUGAGAAAAAGUAUUCUGCCAUCCAGACGAAAAUCAAAUCGUGCCUGUUAAAAUCUACCUUCAAAAUUGCUGCGUUUUCCCAGUGGAAUUUUCUGAAACCGCUACUAGAAAUGGCCUCGAUACUUCCUACUGGUCUUGGAGGUGCCAGCGAAAGUGACCGGGUGUUGAAAUCGAUGGACGCCAACCGGUAUGCCACCAAGAAGACGAUCGCCCAGGGCAUGCUGGACAUUGCCUUGCUGACAGCGAACGCAUCCCAGCUGAAGUACAUCCUGCAAGUGGGCGAAAAGCACGAAUUCUACACGCUAAUGUUGGUUCUCAUCAGCAUUUCUAUCAUCCUGCAGCUUAUUGUGGGGCUACUUUUUGUCAUUAUCGGUAGCCUGAACAUCAACCGGAAACGGGAUCAAACGGCUGCAAUCAUUCUGAACGAUGUCAUUCUGGUGCUCAUAUUCGCCAUUUCCCUUAUCAAUGUAAUAAUAUCUGGUUUCGGUAUCGAGUAUUCCUCACAACCCCUGAGAUUGCUGGAACGGGAAAGAUACGAUAGUUCCUCUCGCAGUAGCAGUAUUUCAAACAUGUCAACUUGAAGCACUUUAACAACACCUGAUAACCAUUUGUAACCUCACCGCAAAAUCAUUCAAUACGUACUAACAUUCCUAACCGAAGCUGUGUCAUCCCCGAUCAUUCGCAGGUUUCGGCCGCCAUGCUGGCCGUCAUACUGACACUGGUUAACUUUCACAAAGGCGAACUGCACCAGCGGGUGGCCAACAUUUUGAACCAUUUUUCGUUGGGUUUCGUGGUGGUGGCACUGUUCUGCGACAUCAUCAAGAUGAA